AUGUCUGCUCCUAGAAUCGACAUCGAGCCCGGUACUCCCGCUCGCGACUGGGCGAACGAAACUAUUCUGCAAGAAGCGGCUGUAAACCCCGACCCUUACUCUACACCAAACCUCGAGAUCCCCGGUGCAUACCCACUGACGAAGGAGGAUCAUGAUCCCGACGCGCAAGUCGAUCCAAAUCAGCUAGUGGAUCGCGCGAAGCAAUACCUCCCUGCCCAAGAGGACGUCGCUGAGACACUGCAGAAUGCAGGACAGGUCGCUAGCUCCACUUUGCAGUCUGCAGCUGAGACCGCGAAGCAAUACAUACAAGCGGGGGCGGCCACGUACCUGCCUGUCGGGAACUCUGGGGAUGUCUCACUGCCCUCCACUGAAGUAAACGGCGCACGUCCAUCCGAGCAUGUGGACGGUGUCGGCGCACUGCCGGGGAGGAUCGGCGAGGCAGGGGUGGCCAAGUUACCCGACGAGAGGGAGCCCCAGGAGAAGCAGAGCACGCUGGCCGGGGUGGCCGUGACGGCGGGAGAGAAGGCCGCCGCGGCGCAGAGGAGUGUCAGCUCUACUAUCGCCGGCGUGCAGAGCACUGCUAGUCAGGUGAUGGGGAACGCAACCAGCGCCGCCUCGGACAGCGCGCAAGAAACCGUUAACCAGAUCAAUGGCACGACAUAG